GUAUUGAUAGGAGAUAGCAUAAAUAUCCGGCAAAUAAUAUAAUAUUACAUUUGACUAUUAGCAAUUGCAAAUUAGAAAGUGGAAACUGGAACAGUUAUUGCACUUUGCGCCCAAAUAUUUUGUUGGCAACACGUCUAUAUGUUCAACGGCAGCACGUGGCUACACGCGCCGACUCCGUUUUGUGGUAUUUCCGGCCCCAUCCUUCAUCCAACGCCGUCAAAACUCGCCGGCGGUGACUUCUCGAUGUCCUCUUCCGCCCGAAUCGCCGUCGUCGGCGACGUCCAUGAUGAUUGGAACCUAGAAGAAGAUAGGAAGGCUCUUCAAUUCUUGAAGCCUGAUUUGGUGCUCUUCACAGGGGAUUUUGGGAAUGAAAACGUGGAUCUUGUCCGAAGCAUUGCAGAUUUGGAGAUGACUAAAGCUGUUAUUCUGGGGAACCAUGAUGCAUGGAAUACUCAAAAAUUUUCUGGAAGGGAAAAAGAUGCUGUUCAACUUCAGCUGGAAUGCUUGUAAUGGUCAGUCUUGGCGAUGAGCAUGUUGGUUACCGUCGAAUGGAUCUCCCUAUGCUUAAACUCAGUGUUGUUGGUGGGCGGCCUUUUUCUUGUGGUGGUAGGCCCUUAUUUCGGAAACAGCUUCUGAAAGCCAGGUAUGGAGUCCAUGAUAUGGAUAAGAGCGCUGAGAGAAUCUUACAAGCUGCCAUGGGCACUCCAGAGGAUCAUUCAAUUAUAUUUCUUGCUCAUAAUGGUCCCACUGGGCUAGGCGCUAAAAUAGAUGACAUCUGCGGAAGAGACUGGUUUAUUGGAGGCGGCGACCAUGGUGAUCCAGAUCUAGCGCAGGCCUUGGCCCAAUUAAAAGAGGCUGCUCCAUAUUCGGUCCCAUUGGUCAUUUUCGGUCACAUGCAUAAACAACUUGCUUUAGGAAAUGGCUAUCGUAAAAUGAUAGUGGUUGGAAAUGAUAGUACCAUAUACUUGAAUGGAGCUAUUGUUCCCCGGGUAAGACCCCCAGCUUUGACAGCUGAAUCCGAAGGCACAUCGCGAGCUUUCACCAUCGCAGAAAUUUCAAACGGAAGAGUGGAGAAAAUAGCAGAAAAUUGGAUUUCUGUCAUCGGAGACAAAACAAGAUUAGAGGAGGAACAUAUACUGUUUAAUACUCCAAGCAGAGGUUCUGUCACUGCCUCUCCUUUGUAGAUGAACAACACAGUGUGAAUACGUAUACGAAUGAAUUCGUACAUGAUCAUCAUUUUGUUUGGCGUGUGUAUAAUGCAAACUUGAUCCCGGCCACCAUGUGCAGUCCAGAAUACUAAUCUGAUUGCUUCUCUGGAAAGGAAAGCUUCAUGUGAUCAUUUGCUAUUCAAAAGUCACUUUAUAUGUACUGUCUUGAAGCUUACAUUUUGUGCCAUGAUAAACACAAUAUCACACUAUCACGUUGCGCGCUUCUGUCCAACAAACUCUGUAGCUGGAGGAGAGGGAGACGUUGACACACUACCCUCGACGAAGAGCAUUGGGUUGUUGCAGGUCGGAUUUUAUUUUAAAUUUUGUUAUGAACUGUUUAUAAUGCUACAUCAGCUUUUGGUAGCCAGAACUUGGACAAAUCCGGCCAAGGGACUCUUGGUGUGAUAUGUGUAUAGAAAAGUGACUUUUGUGUUACAAAAUAAAAAUGACUUCACUAUAUAAUUUUCAAUA